UUGCUCCACCAUACUAUAAAAACAACGUAUACUAUUUCGAACAAGAAGCUAACUUUUUACUGACUUCGGGCUGUAAAACUCCUAUAUUUCCAAGUUACAAGUGACUACACGCAGAAAGAAGGCAUUGUCUAGGCCAUAACUACUCAUAAAUUUAAUUAAUCAUGGCUUGGAGUACUAGCGCUCUCCACGUAGAUGAUGGACUUGCUGAAGAUUUUGCAUCGAAUUUGUCGGGUUUGGGAACUGAGCUUGGCACGGGAGCCUACAACAUGAGUGAGGUGUUAGCUUUGCCUAUGUUCAAACAAGAAGUAAUCGAAGGACGAGUUGGUACAGACCUACCAACCACUCUUGAGAAGGCAUUUGGGGCUUUUUCCUCAAUCCACCAAGUUGCAGUUGCUGAAGACGAAGAACAGUCCAGUUUCCAGGUGAUUUUAAAUGCAGCCACAUCACCUGCCACGAAAGUCAACGAAGACACCUUAACAUACCUCAACCAAGGCCAGUCCUAUGAACUCAAAAUAAGAAAGCUGGGAGCUAAGGAUUAUGAAGGCAAAUUAUUCAAGAGUGUGGUCCGAGUACUGUUCCAUGACAAGAGGUUGCAGUACACCGAACAUGCACAGAUUGACGAAUGGCGGACGAAUCGACCGGGCGAGAGGAUAUUGAGGAUAGAUCUUCCGCUCUCAUAUAACAUAGUCAAAUACAACACUGCCUCACAGACUAUCAAUGAAGUGGAGUUCUUCUGGGAUCCCUCGUCGACAGUUGGUGUCUUUCUCCAGAUUCACUGCAUCAGUUCCGAAUUCACAGCCAAGAAACAUGGUGGAGAGAAAGGUGUCGUGUUUAGGAUACAGGUCGAUUCAUAUUAUGUGGAUGAUGAUGGUACGGAGAAACCUCUUCAUGCGGCUAGCUGUCAAGUCAAGGUCUUCAAGCCCAAAGGUGCAGACAGGAAACACAAAACAGAUAGAGAAAAGAUGGAGAAGAAAACGGACAAGCACAAAUACCAGCCCUCCUAUGAUUGUACAGUUCUCACCGAGUUGGCAGUUGCUAUACAGCAGACCGCCAAUGUUAGCAACAUCCAGGCUCAAAGCCCUGGUCUAGCAUACCAGAAUGAUAGCGGGAGAAGGAGUUUCUCAUCGUUAGACCAGUGCUACUCACCGUUGGACAAUACCUACUCAUCCAUAGAACAGAGCUUUGUCACUACUCCAGACAGAUCUCCUGCUCAAACUAACAACCAUGUUCUUUCACCCGAAGUAUCUGUUGCGGAAACACUCUCACCCUUAUAUCCACACUUCACUGCAGCUCAGACACAGGAAUGGCUGAAACAACAAAGAUUUGAAAAUUAUUGCAAACCCUUCCAGAAUUUCUCAGGUGCUGAUUUACUGAGACUAGCAAAGGAAGAUUUGAUUCGCAUCUUGGGCCCAGCUGAUGGUAUCCGACUCAACAACGCCUUACAAGAAAGACACAUCAGACCAAGAUUAACAAUGUACGUCUGUCAAGAAAGAGAACAAGUAUAUCAUGCCAUGUACCUCGAGAGACCGUUGGUGUCGGAACUGAAGGCCAAGUUAGCAGCAUUGUAUCACGUCGAUAGCGAACACAUCUCAAGAAUACUCAAGCAAGGAGUAGGGGGGAUCAGAGUGUUAGUCAGUGAUGAGAUGGUGCAGAACAUUGCAGAUGAGAGCAACUUCUCUCUAGAGGCCGUUAAAGAUCCCGAUGGAACGACGUAUACAAUCGUGAUGAAAUGAAGGCAAAUCUCUGCAGAAUUUUGAGAAAAUAACUUAUCUAGCGGAAGGAGAAGCCUUCAAUAUGGGGCGUUGACAUCCUCGGAAAAUGAUCAUGUACUUUGUCAAGCACUACUUCUCUUGAUGUCACGGCAUUGGUCAGUGGGUACGAAGCCAAAAUGAUUCUUGAUGUCACCAAGUGUUGCCACAAUCUCUGUGUAUUGAUGUCUGGUAUGUGCCAUAUCAACCGAGUUUCUGUUCCGAGGACAGCAUUUUGGAAAGCAGGACAAUCAACAGGAUGAAAGGUGGUAUUCUCGAAAGCGGACUAACUUUAGUCCAUGGUUUAAUCCUCCGACUAAGUAUGGAAUGCCAAGUGUCCAUAUGAAUAUGUUUUUGAAUAAUUUUAUCUGUCACUAAAUUAGAAUAAAAUGUUUUCAUUUAAUAAAUAUUUUGUAAUAGCAUAGUUAAUAACAAAUGUCAAAUUAUUCAAAAAUAUAUAUUCAUAUGGACACUUGGCAUUCCAUACCAUGGACUAAAGUAAGUCCGCUUUCGAGAAUACCACCAGAAGUGUUUCUCCAAAAUGAAAAUCAUCUUGAGCUUUUAUAAUAUAUGUUAUGUUGCCAUGAUUCUUAAAACACAUGUAGAACAGUGUUCAUGCAAGGGGUAUACUUUAUUUUCUGUAUCAUCAUCAUGUUGUUAAUGUAGAAACUGGAAAAGGGAUUUCCUGUGAAUGAUAUCGUUUGGGCGUUCAUGUACUUUUUAUACAUCGAUGGUGGUAUUCUGAACCAUGUCAAGUGAAAGUAUAUGAAUGGUCUGAACGAAUUGCAAUAAUACAGAAUAAACUUUGGUGCUGAUGGUGCACUUACUCUGACAUUGUUGUGAAUUUUCCCCAUACUUCAAGCACCUCUAAAGUGUUGGGAGCCCCAAAUUCGCCAAAAAUUUCACUUAAAUUGUAUCAUAAUGUGAAAGAGGAUAUUAUUUAAGACGCACUUCUGUAAAGAUCCCCCCCCCCC